AUGACGGGACGAGCUGGUCCUGGCAGCUCCGCGGAACUCACCGCCCGCUUUCUCCCGCAGGACGAGAAGGCUCGAGCUCCCCCACGUGACGACCUGUCACGGUCUCUCAGGGUUUCUACCCGCUCUCGCCUGCACCUUGCGUUAACGGCAAAGAAAAACAUUCAACAGAGGGCGGGCGCCUUCUCCCGCACACAAAAGGUUCUCGCCAUCUCUUCGGCAGGAAGGCAGAACGGGAGCACGGCAACACGGCGGCCCCAGUAUUCACCCCCGACCUCUCGCCGCUCGGCACGGGCCGCCCCGGGGCUCACUGAGCCCCGCCCCCUGCCGCUGAUUGGCAGCCAGCUGCCGGCUUCGGGCAAGUCACAAUGGCGGGCCCCGCCCUGCCCGUGCUUGAGAGAGGGAGCCGGCCGGCUGGACCGUACCACCUGCCGCCCGCGGGGUGGGGUGGGCUCGCCUCCCUCACGUUGGCGGGGGGAGGCGGCGGCGCAUGGACCAGUCCGAGAAUCGGGUGGGGGGGCGCCGGGUCCGUCCGCUGGGUAA